GUGUCUUGCUUUUGUGUCUUCAAUGUACACCUCACGUUUAGCUGUCUUGAUUAUUUCAAGAUCUUACUUCAUUGCUCACAAAAUGUAUCUCCUUUCUCAAGCAUUCAUUCUAGGGGCUCGAAAAUAUUUCCUAACUUCGUAUCGUUUAUGGAGAGCAAGGAUUCUAGUGAUUGUACUGAGCAGACACUUUUUGAUGAAUUGAAGGCUUUGGAAGAGCAUCUCAAGGCUCAUGGACCAAAUGUCAAUGGGCAGAAUGUUUGUUCAGUUUAUAUGAGCUUGGCUCCAAAACUGUACCAUCUCGAGGUGGCUCUUGGACACUUCAAGAAGUGGAGUAUGACUGAAAGCUUGAGUCACGUGUGUAAUUACAUAAAGGUGGAUGGAGUUAUCUAAGUUGAUGACACCCGAAAAGGAAGGCCUCCUUAGUUCGGCAACUAGGAAACAAAGAUGAACCAAAAAGGCGUUGUCGAGCUGGCAGUACAAUUAUGUCACCUUCUGAAGGGGCCAACCUCUUUCGUGUGGCAAUCCUGAGAUUCAAAAUUGAGAAGAAACUUUAUGUGUGCUAUAUCGUCAUCACUAACCAUAUCCCUCAUCUUUGCAUUUCUUGAGUGGUCGCUCAAGCACCUAUCCAUCUUGUUCGUCCUCAUAUCUCUCUCUAUAAAUGCAAUCUCUAUAUUUUUUUUUCGUGGAUCCAUUGACUUUUU